AAGAUUUGUCCCAGUUAGGCUAGCGAAAGUGUUUAUGUGAAGAAAAGUUGUCCCGCCUGGCCUGCCAGGGUUACCCUACAUGCCGGCGGAGGCGAGACAACUCGCUCACCCAAGUUGUCUCGCUCUCGAGACGGGCUCGCGAUCCUCAGUUAAUAGUUGGUUGAAUUUUGCAAAGAGAUAAGUGAGAAGUUAGCUCGGCCAGGGUAACUCGGGGGAAGGGUUGUCUCGGGUACCCAUAUAAACGGGCCCACCGCUCCCCUCCACAGGAAGAAAUGGUAAAAAAUCAGCGGCAAUUCAAAACUGCAAAAGACUGGCAUCAAAUCUUGUGACGUCAUCGUCUUCCAUCGUCUGGAAAGCGAAAAUGGCGGCAGGAGGUUCAAGUGGACACUCCGAAACAGUCAUGGAAGUAGAAAGCGAUUUUGCAAAGUAUGGAGAAGAUAUUUCACCGGCAAAAGAUGGCGGAGUGCGAAAACUCAUUGAAGUGGAAGGGCAUGGUGGAGAAAAGCCGCCGAUCGGAAGCAAAGUAAGGGUUUAUUAUUCCGGCAAGCUCAUGACUGGAGAGGAGUUUGACUCGAAUGUCGGCAAAAGGGAGCCUUUUGAAUUUGAACAUGGAAAAGGCCUUGUUAUUCAGGGAUGGGACAUGGCUGUUGCCACAAUGACAGUUGGUGAGACCAGCCUCUUCACCAUUAAGCCAGAAUAUGCUUAUGGUCAAGAGGGAAGUGGAAACAAGAUUCCGCCGAAUGCCACUCUUCAGUUUAAUAUUACAUUAGUUGAAUGGAAGGGAGAAGAUAUUACCAGGGAUGGACAAGUGACGAAGAUUGUGCUGGAGAAAGGGGAGGGUUACGACUUUCCCAACACUGGUGCUCUUUGUGAAGCUCACAUUGUUGGCGAGUACAAUGGCAAGGUGUUUGAAGAUCGUGAGGUUUCUUUUCCUAUGCGAGAAGGUUCAGAGGCAGGGCUCCUGGCAGGUGUUGAGGAGGCCAUGUUGAAGAUGAAUAAGGGUGAAAAAGCACACGUGUGGAUUCAUCCUGGAAAAUGGGGAUUUGGUGCUGCAGGAAAACCAGAGCUUGGCAUUCCAGAAAAUGCUGGUCUAGAAUACAUCAUUCAUCUGAAGACAUUUGAAAAUGCCAAAGAAAAUUGGGAGCUAGGAAAUGAGGAAAAAAUCACAAUGGCAUCCUCACUGAAGGAAAAAGGAACAAAAUACUUUAAGGAAGGGAAAUUUGGCAUAGCACUUCAACAAUAUGUCAGAGUGGUGAGACUGUUAGACGGGUACUUCAGCAAUGAGGAGAAAGAAAAACGAGAUCCCAUCCUGUUAGCUGGCCAUCUUAACCUGGCUGCCUGUCAUCUGAAACUUCAUAAUAACUUCAAGUGCAUUAAAGAGUGCGAAAAGGCUCUUGAAAUUGACAAGGAAAAUGUUAAGGCCAUGUUCAGACGAGGAAUGGCAAGAGUAGCUAUCAAUGAUUUGGAGCUGGCGAAGAAAGACUUUGAACUUGUGCUGCAAAUCGAACCAAAUAACAGAGAAGUUCAGAAACAACUGAAUGUGGUGAAUAAGAAAAUUAAGCAGCAUAUGGCCAAGGAAAAGGUUAUUUUUGCUAACAUGUUUGAACGACUUGCACGCCAAGAGGAACGCGAAGGAGCCGUCCAAAAGAGACCGCAUGAUGUCUUCAAGGAGGCCACGAACGAGGAAUUACGUCUCGAAGAACACUCUGAACCUAACAAAACGAAGCAGACGUCAAAUCCGGUGACUGACCAAGUGGCGUCAUCAACGGAAGUAAACGGUCAAGCAAACAAGGAUGUGGAUAUGGAAGAAGAUGAAAAAGGAGGCGUGAAAUGCUGACAUCAAGCCAAGGACAAUGUUAUUUAAACACUGGGCCUGGUUUUGAAUUCCUUAGAGGGUAAUGAAUGUAAUUCGAGCAUUAUGAGUCACCCUUGUAGACCAGCGAGGUAACCAGGCGAUGUCACGGCAUUUUUACAGACCGGGUUAUUUUAGGCUUGUUUUCCCGCGAAAUAGGUCAGUUCUGGUCUACAUGAGCGCGCAUCAGUAAGGAAUUUUUUUUUUGUUCAUUUUGCUUUUCUUUUGAAUCUUCCGGUGAAAUGAUGUCUUCGGUUAAAAAUUACGUCCGUGCUUAUGAUUGUGAGGUUCCUGCCGUGACAGGAAUAUGGGGUAGUUACACGCUCCUAGUGAUGGGCUCCUGACUCACUUCUGGAAACUGGCGUGACAGACUGUCGUGACAAAGUGACGUGACAGACUGUUGCGGCAGACUGUCGUGACUUGUUUGCUUGACAAACGGUAGAACUUUUUACUGGUUUAGAGUUCAAUAUACGAGAGUCUUCAUGUCACGCCUCUGCCAACCUUCUUCGGUAUAACUCAUUGCUGUGGUAAAUUUUGCAAUCCAGACGCCGGCAUAAAAUGCAGUCAUAUAUAGUUUUAGAUUUCAUCUUAUCGCGUCCGUUUUCUUUUGUGAACGAAAAAGUAAUCAUUAAAUUGUACAGGUAACGAAUGUGAAUAAAUAUCAUUUCAGAACCUCUUCCCUUUGGAAUA